AUGGUUGUAGUGUAUGGAAUUACAUUUGUUUUGGGAUUAUUUGGUAAUUUUGUGGUCAUUGCGGUCAUGUGUUGUGGACAUGGUGCUAAAUGUGUAACUUUUCCUUGUUUAUUAAGUAUGGCCUGGGCUGAUGUAUUAUUUUUAUUAGUUUGUGUUCCAGCAGAAGUUGGACGAUAUUUUAUUGGACAUUGGGAAUUAAGUAAUUUUUUAUGUAAAUUGUCUGGAUUUGUUGAGAUGAUGUCAGCUACAGCCACCAUCUUCAAUCUGAUUUUAAUCAGUGCUGAAAGAUACUUUGCUAUUGUUCAUCCACUUACUUCAAAAAUAAUAUGCACCAAGAAAUAUACCAAAAUGGCUUUAGUAACAACUUGGAUAGCUGCCAUAUUGGUUUCGUCACCU